AGAGCUAGGAUUUGUUCAUGCAUAUCCAGCCAUACGAUAACCUUCACAAUACUCUUUUAGAAAUGGAAUAGAAUACCCUUUGAGAAAAGUUGCUUGAAUUGAGUUGUCGUGUCUUGACCCGAUUGAUACAGAGAGUCCGGCUUACGCACAGGUACCUGACAUUCGGUGGAGAUACUCGAUGAAGAUAUAUAGUUGACGCUGGAAGUUUCCCAAUUACCUUUGUUUCUGUAUAUCGUUCCUAUUGUUCUUUCUCUUGUAAAAGCAUCAUUUUAGUCUGAGAUUCUACCAAGGAAGUUCACGAUUUCAAUUGCAUAUCUCACUGUACAUUUUUCCUUCAAGUGACUGUUGCAAUUCGUCACAAUGGCUAAUAACAGACUUCAAUCACUCGCACAUCACUUCUCUGCUACUUCUCCUCCACCACAUCCAUUCGAUCCUCUCUCCAAUGCAGAAAUUGAGAAAGCUGUUCAGACCAUCCGAGCUGAAAAGGGAUCUGUUCAUUACAAUGCCAUCACACUUUAUGAACCCCGAAAGAAGGAGAUGAUGAAAUGGCUUGAAAGUCCAGAGGUUGUUCCAAGACCAAGGAGAAUAGCAGAUGUGGUGGUGAUUGCGCCAGGUGGUAAGGUCUAUGAUGGUUUGGUUGAUUUGGCAGAGGGAAAGGUGGUGAAAUGGGAACAUAUUGAUGGUGUACAACCUUUGGUAUGUGUAUAAUCCAUGCUAGAAUCUUGUGCAAUAUACUUGCGACAUUAAAGCUAACAGAAAAUCCAGAUUACCAUGGAAGAUCUUCAAAUUGUUGAGCAUGUUGUUCGAAAAGACCCGAAGGUAAUCGAGCAAUGUAUUUUGAGUGGUAUUCCAGCGGAGGAUAUGCACAAAGUGUAUUGCGAUCGUAAGUCUCAUAUCUACCUCGUUUACUCCCCUUAUUCUAAGCGAUUAUAGCAUGGACCAUUGGUUACGACCACCGAUUCGGUAAUAACGUUCGUCUACAACAAGCGCUUAUGUACUAUCGACCUCACAUGGAUGAUUCUCAAUACUCCUUCCCUCUCGAUUUCUGUCCUAUUUACGAUGCAGAAAAACAACAGAUCAUCCACAUUGAUAUCCCAGAAGUCCGAAGACCAGUCAGCAAGGCAGCACCAAACAACUAUCACCCAGCAAGCAUAGAAAAGGAAGGGGGAUACAGAAAAGAUAUCACACCAAUCAAUAUUACACAACCAGCUGGUGUAUCGUUCAAGGUUGAGGGUCGUGAGAUUAAUUGGCAAAACUGGAACUUCCAUGUUGGAUUCAAUUACAAGGAAGGAAUUGUCCUCAACAAUAUUACAUACAACGAUAAGGGAACCGUUAGACCAGUAUUCUACAGACUUUCUCUCGUAGAGAUGGUCGUUCCUUACGGUAACCCUGAACAUCCUCAUCAACGCAAACACGCUUUCGAUCUUGGUGAAUAUGGAGGAGGAUACAUGACUAACAGUCUCUCCCUCGGCUGUGACUGCAAAGGUGCAAUUCAUUACAUGGUACAGUUUUCCCAUUUCAACGGAUACUUGGAAUUGUUUUUAACAUAGAUCAAAUUAGGACGCUGCCUUUGUAAACCGUGCCGGUGAAAGUACCACCAUCAAAAAUGCCAUCUGCAUUCACGAAGAAGAUGCCGGCAUCCUCUUCAAGCACACCGAUUUCCGCGAUGAUUCCGUCAUUGUAACCCGUGGCCGUAAACUCAUCGUCUCCCACAUCUUCACAGCCGCCAACUACGAAUACUGCGUAUACUGGAUCUUCCACCAAGACGGUACCAUCCAACUCGAAAUAAAACUCACCGGUAUCUUAAACACCUAUUCCAUGAACCCAGGCGAAGACACCAAAGGCUGGGGAACCGAAGUCUACCCUGGCGUCAACGCACACAAUCAUCAACAUCUCUUCUGUCUACGUAUCGACUCCAACAUCGACGGACCGAACAACACCGUCUUCCAAGCCGACGCCAUGCCCGGCGCCGGCGCCGUCGGAUCCGCCGAAAACCUCCACGGAAACGCCUUCUUCGCCCAAAAAACCGAAUACAAAACCGUCAACGAAUCAAUCAGCGACUACGACGGCAUCACCUCACGCACAUGGGAAAUGGCCAACCCCAACAAACUAAACCCGUACUCCCACAAACCCGUCUCCUACAAACUAGUCAGUCGAGAAGUCCCCAAGCUCCUCCCCAAAGAAGGCUCUCUCGUCUGGAAACGCGCCGGCUUCGCCCGCCACGCCGUCCACGUAACUCCAUACUCAGACGACCAACUACACCCCGCCGGCCGACACGUACCUCAAACUUCCGGCGAGCCCAGCGCCGGUCUUCCAGAAUGGAUCGCGAACGGCGAGGCGAAUAUUCAAAAUACCGAUAUUGUUCUCUGGCAUACUUUUGGCAUUACGCAUUUUCCCAGCCCGGAAGAUUUCCCCAUCAUGCCUGCCGAACCUAUGACGUUGUUGUUGAGGCCGCGUAAUUUCUUUAUUAAGAAUCCCGCGUUGGAUGUGCCGCCUUCGUAUUGUAGUACGCCGAGUAGUGUGGCCGCUAGUAAGGAUGGUGCCUUGAAGAGUGUGUUGAAUUUGACAGAUGGGGAGAGUAGGUUGGUUGAUGGAAAGAAAUGUUGUGCGUGAGUGGUGGUAAUUUAAAUGAAGAUGGAUCUGGAUCUGGAUAUGGAUGAAUGCGAGGGCUUUUUAUCUAUUCUAUAUUGUAUAUAAGGAUUUGCUUUGGGGGGUUUUUGGGAAUACUAUUUUUAUCA